AUGUCCUCACCGGAGGCCCGUGCUGGCGUCAAGCGACCUCGCACCCAAUCACUUCCUCCUCCGGCCCUCCCACAGCUGGUUGCUGAGCAGCAAACCGCCAUCCCUCCCACCGACAAGGACUCCCAGCGCCUCAUCGUCGUCCUAUCCAACGCCAGUCUCGAGACGUAUAAGGCCUCGCAUGGCGGCACUGGCCGCAAUGGCGUCCAGCGCGAGGAGAAGUACUCACUGCUCAACAGCGACGAGCACAUCGGAGUAAUGCGCAAGAUGAAUCGCGACAUUAGUGAUGCGCGCCCGGAUAUUACACAUCAGUGUCUCCUUACCCUGCUCGACUCUCCCAUUAACAAGGCCGGCAAGCUUCAGAUCUAUAUUCACACCGCCAAGGGUGUCUUGAUUGAGGUAUCGCCGUCGGUCCGUAUUCCGCGUACAUUCAAGCGCUUUGCUGGUUUAAUGGUUCAGCUACUACAUCGUCUCUCCAUCCGCUCAACCAACUCGCAGGAGAAGCUCCUCCGCGUCAUCCAGAACCCCAUCACUGAUCACCUUCCGCCCAACUGCCGCAAGGUGACUCUCAGUUUCGAGGCCCCUCUGGUACACGUGAGGGACUACAUCGACACACUCGCUCCCAAGGAAAGUGUUUGCGUCUUCGUCGGUGCCAUGGCAAAGGGUGCCGAUACCUUUGCCGAUGGCCUAGUGGACGAGAAGAUUUCCAUCAGCAACUACAGUUUGUCCGCCAGUGUCGCUUGCAGCAAGUUUUGCCACGCCGCUGAGGAUUCUUGGGACAUUCAAUAG